AUGAGUUUCAGCUUCCAAAUGAAGGAUUCUUACAAGCCGAAAUCUAUAGUUGAGUCUUCUUGAACCAAGCUUGAAAACAUUUUUUCAACCCGUGGAACUUCUGAAUCCUCAACAAAGAAAUCUCGCUCAAAAAGCACAGAUAACUCAAAGAAGCGGAAAAAUCCAUACUUUAUAUCAGAUUUUCGCAAUCAAAGCACAACCAGAUCAAAUAAUAUCUCACCUUUGCGUAGAAAAAUUAUAACGAAUGAUAAUAGAGAUAUUUCUACAAGUCGGCCUACAAGUCUUUCAGUUUCUUCUCUUUAUCCUAAAGUUUAUAACUCACCAGUUAAAUUAUCAGUCCCUGGGCUUUCAACUUUACAGCUUCAUAGAAUUUAUGAAGCAAGAUGCAAAGACCUUCUCAUUCCAGUACUUUUAGACCAAGAAAGGAUAUUUUUCAAUUUCUGCUUAAAGCAUUUUAAAAAUAGAAGGUUUGAAUUAAAUGAGUCAGGAAUUGGCGUUGAAAGCGCCAUAGCAAUAGGAGAAAUUUUGCUGAAUAAUGAAGAGUUCGCGUAUUUAGAGCUCGCUAAAAAUAAAAUGGGAGAUGAAGGCGCUAUUGAAUUAACAAAACUGAUAUGUAAAAAUAGAUUUUUGGUGCAUUUAGAUAUGAGUAGCAAUGAUAUUAGCCCGGAAGGAGCUUCAACAGUCAUAAAUUUGAUAGCGGAUCAUCCAACGAUAGUUAGUUUGAAUUUAUCUUCAAAUGAAGCAUUGCAUAGGAACAGGCUGGGAGUGCUAGGAGCUAUAGCAAUCCAAAAAGCUUUACAAAGCAGCAUACUUGGGUUUAUAAAUAUCAGUGGAACUUCAUUAGGGAAUGAUGGCUUAGUGUAUAUAAUUGAAGGGCUUAGAAACAACCAAUCUUUGGUUUCUUUGAAUCUAUCAAAUAAUGGAUUAGGAACUGAAGGUUUGGACAAGCUUUCUCAAUCAAUUUCAACCUCAUCACUAAGAAUGCUAGGAUUUUCUCAAAAUAGGAUAGGAAAUGAUGGAUGCAGUUACAUCUCAUCUUUGCUUGCUGGAAACUAUGACGGGCCUUGCCCUUUAGAGAGUUUAGAUAUAUCGAAAAAUGAAAUAGGAACUAAAGGACUAGCUAAAUUAUUUUUUUCACUAAAAGGAAACACUCAACUUCAUACAUUGAAUCUAGAAAAAAAUCCAUUUUCCACAGGACUUUCGUCAUCUUGCCAACAAUUUUUGAUAGAAAAUGAGCAUUUAAAAUAUUUAAAUCUUUCAGGGUGCGAAUUAAAAUCAGAAGGCAUCCAUAUGCUAUUUACUGGAUUAGCAAAAAAUAAAGGAUUAAUAUCGCUUGAUAUAAGUUCAAAUGAUAUUGAUGAUAUUGGGAUAGAAAUUAUAGCUAGUGGCAUUGCAGGGAACCAAAACCUAAAAUUACUUGACUUAAGCAGUAAUAAAAUAAAAAACCGAGGAGGAUGUGCUUUGGCCAAUGCAUUUAAAAUUAACAGAACACUUGAAGAUUUAAAUCUCAAAGAAAAUAGUAUCAAAAAUAUUGCAGGGCAGCUAUUUAGCGAAGUAUCAAGAUAUAAUACUAAUAUUUUAAGGCUGAAUUUAGAAGCAAACCAAAUAAAUUUCAAGUAUUUCAACGAAAUUAAGCAAAAUUUGGCUCAUAAUAAGCAGCUUCAUAUAAAAAACUUGAUUCCAAAACUGAAAAAUAAGCUUGAAGAUAUGCAGUUUGAUGAAAGAGCUAUUGAAGAGAUCAAAGAGCAGACUGAAUUAAGGAAAAGAGAAAGAGAAGAACAAAUGCAAAAGUUAUAUAAACUAAAUGAAAAAUACGAAGAAGUUAAGUAUACUGAAUAUCAAAGGUUUCUUGAGCUAGAAAAUGAACUAAAAAGUUAUAGAGAAACUAGCAUUGAGCUCAGUAAAAGUCUGGAUUUUUUAAGCUUAGAAAUCAAUGUGAAUGCUAUUUAGAAAGAAACAAUCCGAGGAAAUAAUGAAGUAAAUGAAUGAUUUCAGAAAAUCGGCAACGAAAAAGCUGCAUGCAAGCAGCUAGAAAGAGAAAGUAAUUUAUAUACAGAAACGCGCUUAAAAGAAGAAAUUAACUUGAAAAAAUGCCAAAACCAAAGCGAAAUUGAUAAUUUUAAAGAAAAGGUCGAAAAAGAAGAAACUUCUAAAAGAAAUGCUGAAAUUACUCUAAGCUAUAUCAAGAGAAAGCUUGAAGAGAAAAAACUUGCCUUAAACGCGAUAAAGCACCCAAAAGUCCCUGCAAGAGAACCUAAAACCUUCUUAGCUAGUGAAAAAUUAGCAUCAACUAAAAAGCAAAACCAUCGAAUCAUUGCAAUAGAAUCCCGCACUAUCGAUUCCAAUACACCAUCACCUAUCAAAUUAAGACGAACUAAAAGCUCUGGAAGAUCAUAA